AUGAUGAACGAGAUGAAAGCUACUCAUGAUGCGAUGGCGAUAGAUGCCGCCACCACAGACCGACUUGUGCCCACUGUGAGUAAAUUCUUACGACUAUUUGCCGUCCGCGACGUGCAUAUGGGAGCGCUCAUGCUCAUGCCUGGAACGAACUCCUCGCACGACACGACCAACCAUGUCGCUGCUGCUGCUGACCCGAGCUCCGUCCCGGACCCGGCCUCGUCGGACCAAGAUGACAAGACAUGCGAGCUGCAGUCACAGCCUACCAAUACGAUCAAUGAGAACGAGAAGCAGAUGGUAGACACCGCCGAGCCAGUCGAGGGCAACACCAAGUUGCAUCAAGACAUGAUUUCCGAGAACAACGCCUUGAUUGACGAGAAUUGCGAACUCGAGGAGGAGGUUCUCCGUCUCCGGGAGACUGUGGGCAAGCUACAGAAGACGCUGGCGGAAACUCACACGUUCAAGAUGGCGUACGCGGCCGUCAUCCAGGCCACGCCCGAGAUCGAAGGGCGCCGUGGCGUCAUGGAGGCCCAUGGCUCGGCACAGAACACCAAAGAAGUGAUCGGUCUUCUUCUUCCAGACCCCGAGGUCCCAGUGUUCCGGGACGGUCUCAACCCCUUCGACGACAAGGCGAACGACAUCUGCAUCGGUUUGCUCGGUUCCUUUUCUCACGGGGGAGCUGGCCGCGUUGCACCAAGCGUGGCUCAGCAGGGUGAUGGCGGCGUUCCCGAGCAGAGUGCCCGUGACAGCCUCUAUGACGCGGCACGUCGUGACGCUGGACGACGCUUUCUUUGGGUACUUCUCAACAGCGCCCGCAUGGAAGCAAUGAAGAGAUUCUUUUACGCAAAGCAGGCCAGAGGCUGA